UUAAUUUAAUCCACCUUCUUGUGGGAUGCAAGUAAUUUAAACACAAUGAAACCAACAUCUAACAAUUUAAACACUAAUUGUUUACCCUUAACUAUGGAUAGUAAAUUAAACUGUUCGACCAAUUUAAAUGAUUCUUCAAUCUAUUUAUAUCCAACAAGUAAAAGUGAAAAAAUUGAAAACGAAACUAAUUUAAUUUCAUCUCGUGUAAUUACAUUUAGACGUUUUAUCUUAAUUGUUACCUUGUUAAAUUUUAUCGCCAUCUCAUUUGUAACUGGUUACAUUUUGUACAAUGUUUGGCUUCUCGAGAAAUCAAUUAAUCAACCUUUUGUCGAUUGGGAGAAACAGGAUUCAUCUUUAACCAAGAUUUCAUUUUCUAAAUCACAUUUAACUGCGACCUUUCAAUCACCAUUGGAAUCGUCAAAAUCAAAUUCUCAACAAUGUUCCCUUCCUGAUGAAUCUAAAUUUGAUUGUAAUCCUGAUGAUCCAGUUAAUCAAGAGCGUUGUGAAUCCAGAGGAUGUUGUUGGGUUCCAGCUACUCGAAGUAAACGAAAUAUCCCUCCAUUGAAUAUACCCUAUUGUUUUUAUCCAACUGAUUAUAAAACUUAUAAAGUUGCCGAUGUUCAACAAGGUGAUAAUAAUGCGACAAUUAAAUUGACAAGAUUAAAUGACUCUGGUUAUCCAAUGGACAUUGACAAUAUCGACAUUCAAGUAAUUGGACUUGACAAUGAACGGCUUCGAAUAAGAUUCUUGGAUGCAGAUAAAGAUCGUUUUGAAGUUCCAAUGCCUUUUUUCAAUCUAAGUCGAUCAGAGACAAUUGAUUCACCUCUUUACAAGAUAAAAGUUAAUGACGAUGGAAAGUUAACAAUAAGCCGAUUAUCAACUGGAACUGAGGUUUUUGUUGCCGAUCUUUCCAAGAUGAUUUAUUCAGAUCAAUUUAUUCAGUUAUCGGUUCAAGUUCCGUCCAAAGUUUUGUAUGGUCUUGGUGAGCAUAAAGCAAGUUUCAGGAAAGAAUUGACUGGUUGGCAUCGAUACACAAUGUUCGCCCGUGACAUUGGUCCAACUGAGAAUGUUAACCUUUAUGGGUCAUAUCCGUUCUACAUUAUGCCAGAGAAUGAUGACCAAAUGAACUCCCAUGGAGUAUUUUUACUCAAUAGUAAUGGAAUGGAUGUUUUAACUCAAGCCGCUCCAGCGGUUACUUGGAGGACCAUCGGCGGUAUCCUUGACUUUUUCAUCUUCUUUGGACCAACUCCCGCUGAUGUGACCAAACAAAACAUCAAUCUCAUCGGUAAACCAGUUCUCCAACCUUAUUGGUCUUUUGGAUUUCACCUUUGCCGAUAUGGUUACGAUAGUUUGGCGAAAACUAAAGAAACAAUGGAAAGAAACUUAGCCGCUGGAAUCCCCAUCGAAUCUCAAUGGAAUGAUAUUGAUUACAUGGAUCGUUACAACGAUUUCACUGUCGACUCCGUUAAUUUUGCUGGUCUAGCUGAAUUCGCAAAAGAUUUACAUGCAAAGAACAUGUAUUAUUCAAUAAUUCUUGAUCCUGGUGUCAGUGCUUCUGAGCCUAAAGGUACUUAUCCACCAUAUGAUGAAGGAGUUGUUGAUGAUAUUUUCGUCAAAAAUAGUGAUGGAACCAUUUUCGUUGGAAAAGUAUGGAAUCUUGAUACAACUGUUUUCCCUGAUUUUACUCAUCCAAAUGCAUCAAACUACUGGAAGAAUCAACUUCUUCACUUGAGAGAGAAGGUUGAAUUUGAUGGAAUAUGGAUUGACAUGAAUGAGCCUUCAAACUUUUUCAAUGGUCAGAAAACUGGAGGUUGUCCACAAAGCUCACUUGAGAAUCCACCAUAUGCACCCGGUGGAACUGGUUUAACGACAAAAACACUCUGCAUGACAUGUAAACAACAUCUUGGUUCUCAUUACGAUGUUCAUAAUCUUUAUGGUUUAUAUGAAAACGUCGCCACUCACUCUGCUGCUGUUGAUAUUUUUGGAACUCGGCCUUUCAUCUUAUCUCGAUCUACUUUCCCAUCACAAGGCCACUUUGCAUCUCAUUGGUCGGGAGAUAUUCAAUCAUCAUGGGAUCAUAUGAAAUAUUCAAUCUCAAACAUGUUCGAGUUCAAUAUUUAUGGUAUUCCAAUGAUCGGAAGUGAUAUCUGUGGUUUUGCUGGCAGUACUCAAGUUGAACUUUGCAUGAGAUGGUCAGCAUUAGGUGCCUUUUAUCCCUUUUCUCGUAAUCAUAAUGAUAGAAAUGCAAUGGAACAAGAUCCAGCCAUUUUGGGAGAAAAGGUCGUCGCUGCAGCUAAAUAUUCACUCGAUGCUCGAUAUAAACUGUUACCUUAUCUUUAUGGCUUAUUUUUCAAUGCUCAUUCCAAUGCUGAGACAGUUGUACGUCCAUUGUUUUUCGAGUUCCCUCUUGAUUCAAACACUUACUCUAUUGAAACUGCUUUUCUUUGGGGAUCAUGGUUAUAUAUUGUUCCUAUUCUUGAACCAAGUACCAAUCAAGUAACUGCUUAUUUCCCCGCUGGAAGUUGGUACAAUUUUGCCGAUUCUAAACUUGCCUUUAACAGUAGCGGUCAAAGUGAAACCUUGACCAUUGAUGACGAUAAGAUUGGUCUUUUUGUAAGAGGUGGAGGUAUAAUACCAACAUACAAAUCGUCAGCAAAGACAACUCAUGAUCUACGAAAACAAAAAUAUUAUCUAAACGCUUAUCUUGACAAUUCUGGUAAUGCUGUUGGUGAAAUUUAUCAUGACGAUGGUAAAUCAUUAGACAGUGUCACUUCUGGUAAUUAUAUCCAUGGAAAAUGUAAAGCAAAUACUUCUGGAUUAGUUUGCAGCUAUUUAAAUAUCGCUGAAAUUGACGAUUUCGCAAUAGGAGGAGUUAUGAUCGCUGGACUGAGUGACCAACCUAAGAAAGUGUCCUUGAAUGGUCAAUACAUUACAACCAAUAAAUACAAUCAAGAUAAAUCUUCAAUCUCUAUUGAUUUUAACGAUAACUUUUAUCCUCGACAAUCAUUUGCCGUCAAUUUUGAAUAUUAAUCUAAUUAAUGAACAUGAUUGAUAAAUUUUAACAAUUUUAACAUCAAAAUUGAUUCUUAAUAUCUAAUCAAUGUCACAAAAUGUAAGCUUAUUUGUUAUAAUCAUUAAUGUUAAUAAUGAUUAGUCAAUAAGUAAGUAAAUUUAAACGAGCUUGAAAAUCAUGAAAUGAUUUAAAAUUGAUGAAAUCAACAUGAAAAUUGUUCCUUGAUUGUAAAUCAAACAAAUUAAUUUAAUACCAUUUACACCUAAAUAAAUAUAAUGAUUGUAUUAAAAAUGAA